UCAAAGACCCCUUUUCGCCAAAUAGGCGACGUCGUGAGUUUGUCAAUCAAAGUCAACACGUUUAUUUUUAUUAAAAAAAGCCGUAAAAACGAUUUAAAUAAUAGAAAUAUACUUAAAAACCAAUCAUGGCGCAGUUUGAUUUAACAACUAAAAAUUGCCAAUUCUUGGAUAGGCAUUUAACUUUCCCGCUAUUGGAAUUUUUAUGUGGCAAAGAGAUUUACAAUCAACAAGAUUUACUGGAAUACAUUUUGGUUACAGUAAAUAAAACAAACAUGAUUGAUUAUACGAUGGAUACGAGGAAGCGAUUGAAUUAUGACAAAGAAAUGCCCGAGGAAUUGGUCCAGCGCAAGGCUGAGGUUUUGGCCACGCUCAAGCAACUUCAAAAUGAAGUUGCUCCAAUCAUGAAGGCAACCGAUAUCCUCAAGAAUGGCGAGAGCAUGAAAGAUUCCAAAACAUUCGUGAAUGCCUUGCAAAAGGACUACAAUUUCAAGAUUGAACACUUGGAGAGCGCCUACAAAUUGGCCAAGUACUUGUACGAGUGCGGAAACUAUCAGGAGUCAACAUCGUAUUUGUACUUCUGCUUGAUUGUUAUGUCUCCCAAUGACAAGAACUACCUCAAUGUGUUGUGGGGGAAAUUGGCCGCUGAGAUUCUCACCCUCAACUGGAACACCGCUUUGGAGGACUUAAAUCGUCUGCGUGAUUACAUUGACAACAGCAACUACACCAACAUCCAAGCCUUGCAACAACGUACAUGGCUCAUUCACUGGGGUGUCCUUGUGUUCUUCAAUCACCCCAAGGGACGUGACCUCAUCAUUGAGAUGUUCCUCUACAAGCCUUUGUAUUUGAAUGCUAUUCAAACGAUGUGCCCACACAUCUUGCGUUACCUGGCCACCGCUGUUAUCAUAAACCGCACUCGCCGCAACGCCCUAAAAGAUCUAAUCAAAGUCAUUCAACAAGAAUCGUACACCUACCGUGACCCAAUCACUGAAUUCUUGGAAUGCCUCUACGUCAAUUUCGACUUCGAAGGAGCCCGUAUGAAAUUGCAUGAGUGUCAAACUGUCAUUCUCAACGAUUUCUUCAUUGUCGCUUGUUUGGAUGAAUUCGUUGAAGAUGCCCGUUUGAUGAUCUUCGAAACAUUCUGUCGUAUUCAUCAGUGCAUCACGAUCAGUAUGUUGGCUGAUAAGCUGAACAUGAAAGCCAGCGAAGCCGAAUGCUGGAUUGUAAAUCUGAUUCGUAAUGCACGAUUGAAUGCGAAAAUCGAUUCGAAAUUGGGACAUGUUGUUAUGGGAACACAACCACUGAGUCCCUAUCAGCAAUUGGUUGAGAAAAUUGAUUCACUUUCAGUGAGAUCAGAACAUUUGACAGGUUUGGUGGAGCGUAAGAAUAAACAAAAGAAUCAAGAAGACUCGUGGAAGUAUUUCUAAGUAAAAAAACAAGAAUUUUUUACCGCUAAACUAAAGAAUAAUCAAAAACCAAAAGUAUUUGAGUUUUUUCUUAUUCUAUAAGAACAAAUAAUAAUUUUUCAAUCAAACAACCAAUUACUAAAAAAACGAUCCACAGUUCUUAAUCUUUACAUCAAAUAUCUCUCCUUGAUUGUGAAUAUUUAUGGAUUUUUGUAAUAAAUUAUUCUGGAAUAAAACAUCUAUUCAAAAGAGUAA